AUGCCAUUUUCGUCGUCAAAGUGUUCAUGUAAGCUGCAUAAUGAAUGGCAUCAUUCUACGCGACUCGACGAGUCAGAUUUACGUGUCUGUAAGAGAAACGAGGAGAAGUUUUGCUUUAAAAGUAAAAAGUACAAAAGCCGAAAAUUAAAGAUCUGCCUGGCUUGCCGAAGCCGCAUAAUAKCGGAAAAAAAGAUUGAAGAUUUUGAAAAAUCUGCUGCGCCUCAACAUCAAGAUGAAGAACAACUCGUGACUUUGAGUAUCGAUGCUAAUGAAUAUGAAUCUACAAGCUCCCCUAUGGAUGCCAUCGAAGACUCUGAAAAUGCAAGUUUGGACAUCUCUCCAAGUGAAAUGAAUAUACCGAUAGUUGGAAACUUAAAUAGUAACAACGUUGCAGCAGAUGUAACUGUAUCUUUACUUGACAAGGAGUGCAAUAAAAAACAAAGCCCCACUGUCACAAGAGGUCAACAAGUUCCAUCCCUGCCAAACCCUUACCAAGAUGUACAAGAUCGUAGAAAACGAUCCAUGAGAUCUGAGUUUAUUGAAACUGUGUUUGAUAUUGCCUCACAGUAUGUGCACAAUGAUUAUGGCCGUGCACUUACAGACUUCAUGAAAGACACAUUAAACAGCCGGUUGUGGUUACAGACCUUUGGUGAAGAUGUAAAAACCUAUGGUCCUCAGACUAAAGAUUUUGUGGUCAUUUUAGCUGAGGAAUAUAAAAACUKUAAAGACAAAGAUACUGUACAAAUGAUAAGAACAACUGCCAAGCAACAGAAGACUAAGUUUGUCAUUGGCAACACAAAACAGGAUAGCAAAAUAUCCUUAAAUGGGUCWACAUUUGGGGGAUCACGAAUAGAGGCAGCAAAAGAAAUUGGAAGAGCUCGUCACUAUGGAGAUGAGAAGAGAAGGUUACUGUCAAUAGUUGCUAUGGAUUAUCCAUAUAGCUACCUGCAGGACUUGUUUGGGUGUUCCCCAUCAACUGUAUCAGCAGCAAAAGUGCAUGCAAUUCUCUUUGGACGUGGCGGUGUCCCUCCACCUCACCUGAAGUUCACCCGUCAAAGGGUAAGCCCUGACGUUUUAGAAGAUCUAACAAAUUUCUUAUAUCGGGAUGACAUAAGCCGUCCAUCCUCAUGUCGUAGUGUGCUAAUCAAUGGAAAUGAGACUGGUGUCAGAUAUUGGCAAGAUUCUGUGAAAGGCAUUAUUGACCAGUAUUUACUACAGUAUCCAAAUGGAGUCAAGAGGACUUAUAUUUACACUCAUCUGCCAACUAACUUCCGAAUGGAUACCAUGCUAGCAGGGCUUUGCAACCUUUGCUAUGACUAUGGCCAUGACAAUUUUGACAAGCUGUACAGUUUCAUUGACAAGGUCAGCAGUUUAACUUCACAACUUGACUCUGACAGCCUAAAAAAUACCCUAAGAAUUUAUCAGACUUUCUUGAAAAAGAAGUUUAUGAAAUCUCUCGAGCGUCACUCAUCUUGCCUUGAGCUAUGUUUGGAUCAUGCAAUAGGGUCCUGCACUGAGCAGCAUAACAGUUACUGCACGGACAUGAAAGUAUUUCAUGAAGCAACUGCAACCCUUGAUAAAUGUAUACAACUGCAGCAUAUCGAAGAAACUGCUAGGAACAAACUUGCUGAAGAACUGAAUGAAGUUAAGUCAACUCAUUUGGCAUAUAUCUCACAUCUUAUAAGAACAAGACACCAGGGAGACUAUCACCAGUACGUAAAAAAGAAUCUCAGACCUGGAGAGUGUGUUGUAGUUGUUGACUACAAAAUGAAGUUGGAACUUGGAAAAAGGAUAAGAGAAAACCAGCGUGACUGGUACGGAAAGCGUGGUCUUUCUAUCCAUGGUUUUUAUGUUAUUGCCCAACUAACUAGCAAUGAGAGAUCAUCAGAAGUUAUUGAUUUGUGGUGUGAUGAUACCAAGCAAGAUUCGUGGUUCUCUCAAAGUGCCCUUCAUAUUGGUUUCACUUGGCUGGAGGAUGCUUUUCCAGGCUUCAGAGUAUAUUUAUUUUCAGACAAUGGGCCUCAUUAUCAUAACACAGCAUUUUUACUUUAUCUGGCUGGGGUAAAUGAUGCCUUCAAUCYGACGCUGGUGGAGUACAAUAACUUUGAAGCUGGAGAAGGGAAGACUGCCUUAGAUACACACUUUGCCCAUAUUAGUCACAAAAUUGUUCGCUGGGUGAGGGUGGGUAACAACUUGGAAACUGGUCAGCAGGUUGCAGAUCUUGUUGGGGUAUGUAUGUUCCUAUGA